AUUCCUGAAGCUCAUCAAGAAACUCAUCUUGGAGAAGUGAACAGCUUGGGAAAUGGUUUCACUGCAAGUUUCUCUGACUCACCUUCCAAGUAGACAGGGGGCGCUAAAGCACGCCAGGGCUACUUUUAAUGCAAACUGAAGGAGAACAUUUGGAACUGAUUUUUUGGCGGGCUUAAGAGUUGAAGACUGACCACAUCAGACCGACGCAGCAACAGUUGUCAUCGCUGGACUGAAAAGGUGUAGAUCGAUGGCUACACCGAUAGAUCUGAGCAAUGUGUUUGAGGAGGACACAUGCAGCUUGCACAAGAAGAAAUACACACACUAUUGUUUGAACCACAAGGAACUUGUGUGCCACAGUUGUAAAGGUGAACAAAUCCACGCUGGCGACAAAUUCGAUACCAUCAAAACAUUUAAAAAGACUCUCAAUGACAAAUUGCGUGCCAACCUGCAGGAUGCAAAAACAAAACUUGAAGAUUAUGAAAAGAUUCAAAAGGACUGCAACGACCAAGAAAAGUAUAUCAAGAUCCAGAGGGAGCAGGUGGAAACCAAGAUUAAGAAAGAUUUUAAGGAGCUUCGUGACUUCCUAAAGGUUCAGGAGGAGGCCAAGUUGUCUGCUGUGAAGGAGGAAGAGAAAAAGAAGAUUCGGAAGAUAAGGAAUAAGUUGAAGGAUCUCCAAAAAGACAUGUCACUCUCAGCUGAUAUCAAGUCCACAGAGAAGCAAUUACAAUGUACCUCAAUUCUCCUGAAGGACUUCAAGAGUCCGAAAAACAAUAAACGGAAGCUGCCAGACAAGCCCAUGCAGCUCAAAGGAGCCAUGCUGGACGAAGCCAAACACGUGGGUAACCUCAAGUUCAGCGUGUGGGAACGAAUGAAGGAGAUGGUCUCCUACAGUCCCGUCAUUCUGGACCCAAACACGGCCCGUGAAGAGCUUGAUCUGUCUGAAGAUCUAACCAGUGUGAGGUUUGGAAAAAAGCAGGAGCUUCCAAACAAUCCUGAGAGAUUCAAGCGGUGCAAUGUACUGGGUACACCUUUUGUCCCGCGGAAGCACAUAUGGGACGUUGAGGUGAAAGACAACACUGACUGGGAAGUGGGAGUGGCGUCGGGGGACCCGUCUUUGCCAGAUAAGAUGAUAAUCCAAAGCAUUGCAUUCCGUAAUGGUGAAUACAAAAUGUUUGAUGGAAAAUAUGGAUCCUGGAAUCCGCCAGUGAGACUGCAGAGCAUCCGACUUCACGUGGAGGCCAAAAAAAAAUCAAUUUCAAUUUCAUUCUCUGAAUGUUCUGCACAAACAGAAUUGUGCAAAACCACUUGUCCACCUUUAGAUCGGAACAUAAGCAUGUUUCCUUUCUUCAGGACAAGGGAUGGAAAGCCACUGAAAAUAAUUCCAAUUGUGCGUCGUGUUAUCACGCAAAGUCAGUAGCCAGUUUCACAUGUGAACUGCUCGCACACGCUCCAAAGGAGAGUGCGAUGCCUUGUUGUAUCUGGUGCUUGGUUUGUGUCUUGACAACAGCGAUUCUUCACGCGGGGCUGGGAGU